CUUCUCAAAAACACACACAAAUACUAAAACUUUGUUAUCUCAAAGACUUAACUCUUUUUAACUCACGCUGUGUUUGCUUUAUCCGCGUCUCCUUAGCCUCUGCUUCUGGGGGAAUUUCCCCCACCCACCACUCCUUACUAAAAGACACUCUCAUUCUUUCUCUCUAUCCAAGAUUCUCCUAUAUUCUAAAACACACACACACAUUCUCUCUCUCUUUUUUCCUCUCUUUCUCAAGACCUAUUACUCCCUAUAGCUGUUACCUUGUGAUCAUUAUCUUUCUAUGCAUGUUCCAUGCCAUUUGUUUUUCCGGCGAAUAAGUAGAAGCUAAAAGAGUGGCGAAAUGAAGAGAGAUUUUGCAUGAACAACACCAAGCUUUAAGAUAUUUCAUUUUAUUAUAUUAUUAUUAUCAUAUACAAUAGCUUAAAGGGAAGGCUCUCAAAUAGAAAGCAAGGAAAAGCCGACAAAAAGGAGCAAAGAGAGAGAGAGAGAGAGUCCUGUUGAAAGAAAGGAAGUACAAGCAAGAAAGAACAAGGAAGUGAAGGAAAAAGAGGAGCUGACGACUGUGAAAAAAGCUUCAAAGGGCUUUGGGAGAUCCAUCGAUUUUGCUUUCUAUCAGCCACAUCCAUCAUCAUCAUCAAUAACAAUAAUAGUAUAGAAGGAGGUGUAGUUUGAAGAAAGAAUUAAAGGUUUGACUGAAGAAAUCUAGAACUAGCCUAGCCGGAUCUCUUAUAACUCUUCCCAAAACCAAGAUGAUUUCAAUUUGAUUACUUCAAUAAAAAAAAUCAGGAAAGAAAAUCACUAUUAUUGCACCAGAUCCUACACAGGAGAGCAAGGUGGAACAUGGCGUCUUCAUCAAAUUCCCCAUGUGCAGCUUGCAAGUUUCUGAGGCGAAAAUGCCAGCCGGAGUGUGUUUUUGCACCCUAUUUCCCACCGGACCAACCACAAAAAUUUGCAAACGUCCACAAAGUGUUUGGUGCAAGCAACGUCACCAAACUUCUCAACGAGUUGCACCCCCACCAGCGUGAAGACGCCGUCAAUUCUCUCGCCUUUGAGGCUGACAUGCGUCUCCGUGACCCUGUCUAUGGCUGCGUCGGACUCAUUUCCGUCCUCCAACACCAACUCCGCCAACUCCAAAUGGAAAUCAGUUGUGCCAAAUCUGAACUCUCUAAAUACCAAAACUUAGGAAUCGCCAGUCACGGCCUAAUUGCCGCUGCUGCCAACAAUUACAACCAUCAGCAGAACUUGGGGAUUAAUCUGAUUGGUGGCGGUGGCGGCGUGAGGGACCACCAUCACCAUUACCAUCACCAAUUCUUUCCAAGGGAUCAACAGCAGCUGAUAAGGAGCUUUGAUGGCGGAAACAACUAUGAUGCAAGCCUUUUGGCGAUGAACGUCUCAGCAAACCUACAACUCAGUCAGUUUCCGCAACCUAGGGCUGCUGCUGGGGAUGACCGCCGCACUAUUGAUCCCUCUUAGGGUUUCUUUCCUUCCAUGGAUCAAAAACUUGUCCAAACCCUUCAUAGGGUUUGGACUUUGAACUGAAGGAUUCAGCAUUAAAAGAGAGUUUAAGAGAGAAAGAGAAAGUGUUUGGGAUUCUAUCUUAAUUAAUUAUUGAUGAUACCCUUUUACAGACAAUUUUGUCAUAUGUAGCUUGUAUGUCUCUUCAGUCUUUACUUUUAUUAUCUAAAUAUUAAAGUAUUUUCUCA